UAUACUAUACCAAAAUAGCACUUCCUUAGAAACGGCAAGUGAUUAUGACAACAUUGUCUGCAUGUAAAGAAUCCUAUUGUUGUUGGAUAUAGGCCAUUAACUGUGCAAUUUAAACCUCCCCGGUAGAAAAAUGUCUCUGCACUUCAGUGCCAAUCAGUAUGACAAACCGUUCAAGCCUAAUCUCCUCCAAAACUGGGAGGUACCUAGGCAAUACAGAGAGAAAAUGAUUAUCAAGGGAAUGAGCGACUGUAGACCAAGAGCAUUUGUAGGAUUCACACAGAUUAUUGCAAAUGAUAAAGGUCAUCUGAUGCCAGGGGUGAAAAGGUCAAGGGAGUCACCGUGGGGUACUUUUGUUGGUACAUGGGAUAUGCCUUUGAAGAUUCCAGGAAACACCAUGACAAAUUCCACAGCUCGUACAGAAAAUGCAAUGAUGAGAUUAGAUAGAAUUAAAACAGAUGGAGAUAUAGUACUUAAAGGAAAAUUAAAACAGUGCAAGGUACCCUCGCCUUUACCUGUAAAACAGGACAAAGAAGCAGACAAAAAUCUUCCACCAAAGGCAGCGGUAGCUGAAAUAAAGUUGGGUGGCAGCGGAAAUGGUGUACGUUCUGGUGCCAUGAACCCAGAACCCAUAUCUACAGUCGGGAUUCCUGCCUCACCCGGUAUAAAAACACCCGUAAAACCCUGCACACCAAAUAUUGACUGGCCGAGACCAGCUUCACAAGGAAGUCGUGCAAAAUCUGCAAGUCCAAACUUGGCCCCCCACAAAUCUCCACUUCCUGCAAUUCAACCUAUGGCUCCAGGCACACCGUCCAAAGCAGAGUUUAAAUGGCCCUCACCUCGUGCAGAGCAGGAACCAGUGCCUGCAUAAAAUGUUAUUUGUUAUUGUUGUUGUGUUUAGAUAUUAUGCUCUGUUCAUUGGGACUGGUUCAAAAUCAUGAUUGUUGCAAUGGGUUUGGUAGUAUGCUACAAUAAUGAUUCAAUUUAUAUGUGUUAUGCUAAUAUCAAUUGUUUUAUGAUAAAAUAAAAAAAUUGGAUUACAAAUGGACAAUAUUUGUUCAAUUUCACAUAGCUUAUAUUGAAAAUAGUUCCGCAGUGAGCAAAAAUUCAUAGUUUUGUAAUAACUUUUUAUUAUACAUGUAUUUGACUUUAAAUCAAACCUGAAAUACAGGUACUGGUAAUUUGUGGGUUUUGAAUAUAUAUUUUAUAAAUUAAGCCUUCUUUCAGAGAAAUAUUGCUUUUUACUUGAAAUUUGUUUUCACCUCUUAAACCAGGUUUUAUAAAAUCCGGUACUUGGCAGGCAAGUAAAACUCACCGUGUUAUGCGCAGAGGGAGAUAAGAAUUCCUGAAGUAUAACCCUCCAAUUUUCUAUGCAGGCUGGUGUUCACAUUUUAAUUUGGGUAGACUGAUCCUCUGUUCUUUUGAGGUCUAGAAGUUUUGAAUGCACAGUUUUCACUAGCUGUUUGAUGCUGGAUUUAUAUCAAGAUUGUAAAUGUUUGUCAACUGUAAAUGUUUUAUUUUGUUGCACAUUCGCAGCCAGCUGCAUAUUAGGUUUGUAAUUGCACUUAAAAUCCAUUUUUAUGCCUGUGAUGUCGAAGGUGUGGGAGGUAUAUUAAGUAUUUGAGCUGCCUGUCUGUCUAUCACACCUAUUGGUGUACUCUAUUCCUAGACAAAUAAAAAUUGGCAAACAUCAACAGUAUCAAGAGGACAUGCAUUUAUGGUAUUGUUUGAAGGUUUUUGUCAAACAGUUAUUUUUAGUAUAUAUCCUUUUUUAGGCGAUGUAGUAUUUAUUCUUUAAAGCAUUUUCAGCGGAGGUAUGUGUCAUACAAUGUUGAUACCACUCUUGUUUAUGUAAUUUUGAACACCAUAAUUACAUUCAUAUUUUAACAUUUUCCAACUUUCUUCAUACUGCCACUUUUGAUGUGACAAUGUAACUGCCAGAAUAGGUGCAGCUUGACAGUUUCUCUGUUUCCAUGGAAAAAACGUUUUUCGUAAGCGAACUGUGAUACUUUGUUAUUUGCUACUGUGUUUUAUAUUGCAUUAUCUUAUCUGUUAUAUGCUAAAAGGCUAGCGAAUUUUGUCAGUCAGCAACAUUGCAACUAUUGGUUAUAAUAUAGACAUUUUAUGUAUUUUCCACAUAUUGAAGUGACUGUACAACAAUUAAAAGGAAAUUUAAUGAUAUAUUAGUGAACUUUGUACUGUCUUUAAAAAUACAUCUUAUUUUCAUAAAUUUUAAUACAGACCAGAUAUGUAUCACUAAUUAUGUUUGAACAAUUUACGUUUUCUUUUAUCAUUUUGUUUAUUGGCUUUUUAUGUUAAACGGUUGAUGGUUUGUUAAUACUUUCAUGUGUGCUCAAGAUACUAAGUCAGUUGCAAGAUUGAGAAAUUUUAUUUCAGAAAAUGUUACAUUUUUAUCCAUUUGAAUUUUAUUUCUACAUUGAAACUAAGUUAAUUUUGCUCAAAGAGUCACAAACUGCUGUAUUCCUUAAGACGUUUUAUGAAAUAUAUAAUUUUACUGAUAUACCUAAAAGUUCAGUGAAAGAUUUGUUUUUUUGUGGGUGAUCUUGCUAGUCUUGUGUGGUUAUUUUUACCAUAAUGCAUACUUUUACCAAAGCCACUACUGUAGAAAUUGAAAUACAAAAUGUACCAUCUAUUUAAUGAGACUUAAAUUUUACUGAACAGCUCUUUGUAUUUUUCAAUGUUUUUUUUUUUUUUUUUGUAAAGUUGUAUGGUAAUACAUGUACGUAAUGAAAUUCUGCUUAAAUACUAUCUAGGUAGAACAUGUAAUAAUAAUACCAUUUUUCAUACCUAUAAUUUUUAUUAGCCAUUAAUAGUACAAUUACACACGUGUAAUACAGUAACGUUCUUCUAUUUUCCCCACCCUCUGAAUCAAGAGAAAGUUCAAUAAGGUGUUUUCUGUUUUAAGAGUUAUUUUCAAUAGAAGAACUUAUUCCAGCGGGGUUUUCCCUUUUCCCAUUUAGAGGGGUUUCACAGUAUAGGUCUUACCUAAAUAUUUCAUUAUAUAUGAUCAUUUUGAUUAUGCCUCAAGAAAAUACAGAUUAAAUAUGAGUUCAAUUUAGUCUACUGUUGGAUUAAAAAAUGUAUGUUAAUUUUAGACUGACAAGUGAAAUACUGAAUUAUAUGUGGGAAAUCUCUCAAGGUUUACUGGGAAAUUCACCAGGCUUACUUUCUGGCUACAUUAAAAUACCCUGGGUUUUAGUAGGAACACCCAUUACCAAGUUGUUUUAUUGUACUUCUCUUUACAUUUACUAGUGCACAGGUUUUACAAGGAUCACUUAUGUCAGAAAAUUGCUUGCUCUAAACAUUUAUUACAAGCAUGUGUGCUAUGAUUGUUAUUUCGUAUGUUAAAAUCUUUAGUCUUUAUCAUUCUAAAUCACUGAUGAAAUUUGAAGUUUUCACUUUUAUAUUUACAUGAAAAUGAUUUUGUAUACUACCUAAUUGUUUAUGAUAAUGUGAUAAUAAAAUCUGUAAAAAACA